AUCAAAGCUAAAACCCAACCUCUUCUUCUUCAUCACCUCACUCUUUCACUCUUCUCCACCCAAAACAUGGCUUCCUCCCUAUCCCUCAUCUCCCCCCACUCCGCUAUCCUGCGCACCCCCAAAACCCUUAACCUGCGCACCCACCGCCCUCUCUGCAUCAAAGCCCGCACCGUCCCCGCCCUCACCCAAGACGACCUCAAGAAGCUCGCCGCCGACAAGGCCGUCGAGUACGUCAAGUCCGGCAUGGUCCUCGGCCUCGGCACCGGCUCCACCGCCGCCUUCGUCGUCUCCAAGCUCGGCGAGCUUCUCAAAUCCGGCGAACUCACCGACAUCGUCGGCGUCCCGACCUCAAAACGAACCGAGGACCAAGCCCGCAGCCUCGGGAUCCCUCUCUCGAUCCUCGACGACCACCCGAGGAUCGACCUCGCCAUCGACGGCGCCGACGAGGUCGACCCCAAUCUUGACCUGGUCAAAGGCCGCGGCGGCGCGUUGCUGAGGGAGAAGAUGGUGGAGGCGGCGUCGGAGAAGUUCGUUGUCGUCGCCGACGAGACGAAGCUGGUGACGGGGCUCGGAGGGAGCGGGCUGGCAAUGCCGGUGGAGGUGGUGCAGUUUUGCUGGAAGUAUAAUCUGAUCAGGCUGCAGGAGCUGUUUAAAGAAGAAGGCGUCGAGGCUAAGCUGAGGAUGGAGGGGGACACACCGUAUGUGACGGAUAAUUACAACUACAUUGUGGACUUGUACUUCAAGACUCCGAUUAAAGAUGGGCCUGCGGCCGGGAAGGAGAUUUCAGUGCUCGAGGGGGUUGUGGAGCACGGGCUGUUUUUGAAUAUGGCCACCGCGGUGAUCAUUGCCGGGAAGGAAGGAGUGGAGGUGAUGAACAAGUGAGUUUUGGUGGAGGUGAGUGAUGGAAACCUCUCUUUGUAUUACUAGUUAUUUGUUGUGCAAAAAUGAUUAUUGGUGUAUUGUUUAGAUUGGUGAUAUAUGGAUGAUUGAUAGAGGGUUUUUUUCGGAUUUGGUGGUGUUUGUUGUUUGUAAAGCAUGUUGAUUUUGGAUUUGGUAGAUUAGAGAUGAUACUAAAGGUGGAAACUUGAAAUGUGGAAUAGUAUGAAAUAACUUGA